CUAGAGCCAGAAGGCGUGACAGACAUGAGGGCUUCCUGGAAUGUAAAGUAUCCCAUCACUCCACAGUCUGCAAACCUGAGCGACUUGCGAGGGUGGUAAGGAGACAACAUCCAGAGAUCCCAGUUCAUCAAACACUCUAUGCCCAUGAAACCUCCAGGUCUACUCCUUUACCUAAGAAAAGCUAUUCAUAAAAAGCUAGACUAAACAAAUGUGUUUUUAGCCUGGACUUAAAUACUGAGACUGUGUCUGAGUCCCAGACACUAACUAAAAAUCUGUUCCAUAACUGUGGGGCACUGUGAGAAAAAGCUCUGUCCCCUGCUGUAGCCUUUUGUACUUGAGGUACUAACAAAUAGCCUGCACCUUUCGAUCUAAGUAGGCAUGUCGGAUUAUAAAAAAAAUGAAAGGUCUCUCACGUACUGUGGCGCGAGACCAUUAAGUGCUUUAUAGGUCAGUAAUAGUAUUUUAUAAUCAGUGUGAAAUUUGACGGAGCCAAUGCAGUGUGGAUAAGAUAGGAGUGAUAUGGUCAUAUCUUCACAUCUGACUUAGCUGAAACAUAUAUAAAUAUAAAUAUUUGUAAACAUACAUACAAAAUAAAUAAUAUGUUUACGAAUAAUUGCACCAAGGGGUAGCAUAUAUAGGGAGAAAAGCAAUGGGCCUAAAACAGAGCCUUGUGGAACACCGAACAUUACCUUAGUUAGUUUAGAGUGGUCAUUAUUAGGAUCUACAAACUGAUAUCGAUCUGUCAAAUAAGACCCUAUCCAGGAGAGGGCUGUCCCUUUAAACACUAGAAUUACUAAGGCUGCGCAAAUUUGCGUAAAAUCCCUGGACCUCACACCUCCUAGGACCCCUACAGCUCCAUUGUUCUCCUGCUUUUGUUGUGCAAACACCCCCAUUACCUCUGAGGCCUGGCACAUUUGCAUUUGUUCACUCAGAGUAGCUUAGAUCCAAGGCAGGCCAAACCUCUGUGUGUGACAUGGAAACCUUCAGAAAGGCCUGCCGUAUCUAUACAAAAUAGUCUGUUUUAUUUAUAAAAAAAUUGUGUGCUAAGGUUUGUCAUUGCCAUAGUACAUAUGAUAUUUAUAUAACCCUUGUGCAGACCUGGGGUCUAUUUGACUCAUCUGGAAAGUUUAAUGUAUCAUAACUUGGGUUUCCUUCCACAUAUUUGCCUGAAAUUUACCAGGAUUGUUCCAAAUUAUGAACUUUGCAAGUAAAAUUAAUUUUGUCUAUUUUCGUUGAACUAUGUGUUCGUAAAAUAAAUACAUUCCUCCUCAAGUCCUCACGGGUCAAUUUGACCCGGCCACAUUUAGUGGGGCAAUAGGUCACACUUUUGCCCUUUUCAGCGCAAUGAACAUACAUACAGACACAAAAAUGCACACAUAAAAUGUCCACUAACACACGCACCCAAAUCACACACCACACACACACAUGCGCACACACACACAUACAUACACACACAUUCACAAUAUAUGGAAACACAAGUCUGGUUUAUUUUAAAGUGUUUCAAACUUUAAAUGGGGUGUUUGGACAACAAAAGCAGGGCUGAAGAACUGAGAAAAUCUCAACAGGGGGGAAUCACACCUCGGGACCCGCACCAGAAAAUAAAAAAGUCAGUAAAUCUAGUGUUAACACCAACAACAUGUUUUAGCCUAUCAAAUAGAAUAGCAUGGUCAAUGGUAUCAAAAGCUGCACUACUGUCAAGUAAUACUAGCAAAGAGACACAACCCUUUGAUAUUGGAGGUUUGAUAUUGGCCUAUAGUUGGACAGCUGGGUUGGGUCGUGGUCAGGCUUUUUAAUCAAAGGUUUGAUAACUGCUAGCUUAAAAGAUUUACGCACAUAGCCAGUGCUUAGGGAAAAAUGUAUUAUCUUUAGAAUGGGUUGUAUUGCAACUGGUAGUAUCUGUUUUUAAAGAAAUGUGGGUAAAGGAUCCAAUAUGCAGGUUGAUAAUUUUGAAAAGGAAAUCAGAGAAAAUAAGUCAUACUGAUUUUAAUUUAAAUUCCUGGAGGAAAAGCUGAAAGACCUCAAGGUAUAAUGCUAUAAAAGUCAAGUGUCUGUAGCAUACAACAUUAAGAGGCAUGCAGAAACGGGGAAGAAUGUUGCAUGGAAAAGAACUGGUAGACCUCGAUCAACAACAAAAUCAGAGGAGACGUUUAUAAGAGUCUCCAGCCUACGUAACAGAAAGCUAAGUGCACCAGAAAUCACAGCACAGUUUAAUAAACUAAAUCUGUGCCAGUGUCAACAGCCCAGAGGAGACUUCAGGAAGCUGGAUCGAUGGGGCAUGUGGCUGCUACUGUAUGAAACUGCUGCUGAGACCAAACAAGGUCGAAAGGAUUCUUUGGGAAAAGGAAUCCAAAAAUCGGAUUGUUGCUGACUGUAGAAAGGUCUUGUGGUCUGAUGAAUCAAAGUUUGAUAUUUUUGAUUCUAAACAAAGAUUUUUUGUGCGUCUCAGAACUGAUGAGAAGAUGAUGCCAGACUGUGUAGCACCAACUGUCAAGCAGGGAGGCAGACGUGUUAUAGUGUGGGGUGUUUUGUGGGCUUUAGAGUCGGUGACCUAUACAGGGUGACCAAAUACUCAAUAAAGCGGGUUACUGUAGUAUUCUCCAGAGACAUGCCAUACCAUCUGGACUGAGACAAAGUGGACAGUCCAUACUACAACAGGACAAUGAUCCCAAACACACAUCUAAGCUUUGCCAGAGCUAUUUGAAGAAAAAAGAACUAGAAGGAAAGCUGAAAAUAAUGAUUUUCUUACUAAAAUUUUUUUAAAUCUUAAUUUUGAUCAUUGUGAGGCUCAUAGCAAGUUUCUCUAGCAGUUUCUAUAAGCAGGUAAUCUAAUAAUUGCAGUAGCUGCUCUUUUCCCUGUGUACAUCACAACCUGGUACCUGUAAAAAAAAUCUAUAUAAUAAAAUAAAAUUCUAGGUUUUUACUUCACUUAACUAAACUAAUAUGAUAUUUUAAUCAUCAUACAAUAGUGUGUAGAGAUAAAACCUUGUGACAAACAGUCCAACAGGCUGGAAGUGAAGUUCUUCUCCCUCCCCACUUGAUGUUCUUACAUGUUCAGGAUUUGCUAAAUUCAUCAUUAAUUCAAGGUAAGUUAGGUUUCAUAAGAAGCCAAUUCUGUGACUGUAGACACACCCUAACACACACACACACACACACACACACACACACACAUGGACAAACAGCUGUAGUCAUGUAGAAGGUUUCUUCUUAUUUGUUUUUCCUCUGUACUUGUUCUUGUUCUUGACAAGGUCAGACCCAGCAAACACCUACCUUAAAGCACCUAUCACACCCUGCUCUGCUCUGCACUCCCUCACAGCUCCCUCCAAGCCUUAAGCACUGUUUGAUUGAACCCAACAUAUGUCAGGGUACAAGGAAGAUAUGCAUCAAGGCUCUUCUCUGCAUCAGUUCCUGUCUUCAAUGGAAGAAUAAAAAAUCUGUACACAAAGCACAAAAAAAUUACUUUCUUACUAUACAAACAUCAGCAGGGUUUUAGAUUUUGUUCAUGUUCACACACUUCUACAAGAAGGUCUGUGGAAGUUGUGAGGAUGUAUGUGGUAGCUUAGCGGUUAAGGCGUUGGACCAUUGAUCGGUAGGUCAUUUUGAAUUCCAAUCCAGGUCAAUUGCUCAGUUGUAUAAAUUGAAAUAAAUUGUGAGUCACUCUGGAUAAGGGUUUCUGCUAAAUGCCAGAAAUGUAAAUGUUGUGCAUGUUUGUGUAGCACCUUGUUUAAUCUGGGAGGAAAAUGAAUAAUCUUUUUUUUUCUCCUUUGUAUUCCAUGUGCAGCUCCAAAUCGACAAAAUCCUGGGAAGAACUUAAAAGAAGAAAAUACUGAUUUUAAUUUAACUUCCUGGAGGAAAAGCUGAAAGACCUCAAGAGUGAGAGGGAUUUUCUCAAGUGUCUUCUUAAAGAUGGAGACUAAAGAAGUAGCAGGACCAGCAGAGGAAGAUGAAGCAAUCGGCUCUUCACCAUUUUCACAGAACCCCACGUGACCAAAGGCUAGCUAAACUAAAAACUAGCGACCACUUUGCAUCAAUGGCAGACAAGGGGCAAAUCAAACAGACUGUGCUGGAUUUGUUGGAGAGUGUGUCUUCAUUCGCCGCCACCUUCAACCCUCUGUUUGGCAUCGUCACCAAACUGGUUGGUGCAGCGAAGAAAGGCGUGGUGGAUGAUGACACAAUCAAGCUAGACAAGGACUUCCAGCAAAUUCAUGAGAAGUUGGAGUGCAUCUCUGAGCAGAACAAGCAGCUGCUGGACCAGAUCCACACUGAUGAGAUUAACAAAAACUAUGGUAAUUUGGAAAAGAACAUCAAGCACCAGUAUCAAGGCUUCAAGAACAUGGUGGAAAACAUCAGGGGAGACCCCGAAAAAAGUGAGCUUUAUAGAGAGGAUUUCAAGAAUAUCUAUAGGGAAAAUGAUGGCCACCAGAAUUUGAACAGGUAUUAUGAUGCCAUCAUGGAAGACGAGGGUGCUUUUGGGAAGCUGCUACUGAAAAUUUAUCUAGAGCACUACAAGAAGAACAAGAAGAUUAUGGAGGCAAAAUGCUCUCAUCUGGCCUACAUCUUCCACAUCGGCCUCAUAGCACUGAUGGCCUACUAUGUGGUCACUGAGGAUGAUGAGGAUGAGUUCAGGGAAGAAUGGGGCCAAAAGGUCUUUAACAUUCAGACCAAGAUGCAAGAAGUCCUGAAAGAGUGCAACUAGAAGAAGUGAUUCCAAAUUCACUGAAAUUUUGUUAAACCACAGCUGUCUUAGUUUCUUCUGCAUGUGAGAACACAAAUUUUUUUCUUCCUGAAUUGCUUUUGUAUGUUUAUUAGAUUAGCACUUAAAGAUUUCAAUCUUUUUUCAUAUCCUUAUAUGGCUGUAUGUAUCAAAAACUAUUGCUGGAUAUACAGUAAAGCUGUAGACAAUAUUUGUGUAUUAUGAUCAGUGUUAUUCAUUUUGGCAGUUUGUUGACUCAUGGGCUAUAAUGUCUCAGAGCUUAAUUUUACUGCCUAUUAGCUUGUAAAAGGGAGCAUUGUGUAAUCUCUUUUCAUGUAUAACCACCACCACAGCACAAUAUGCAAAUUAGCAUGAUUUGCAGAAGUCAACUAGUGACGUCUGCAGGCUUUACGAAGAAUUACAUGGAUACGCUUGCACAGAUUUCUAUCUAAUCUUAAAAGACCCAAAAACUGUCUUGCACAUUUGUCCUCAUGUUAUGUGUUAUAUGUCAAGAUCCUACACAAAUAUCUCAUAAUUCUCAGUCUAAUCCCCACUUUACCCGCUCAGUGAGGUUUCCUGGAAGUCUUCCUCUACUCACAGUUGACGUUGUACUGUAUUCAUUCACUUAAAAAAUACAUUUAAGAUGAUCUGUGAAAUGUUCAAUGAUUGGGAUAAUUUUUGGGAUUUUCUGUUUUUUUUUUUUGUUUUCACAGGUACAGUUAUAGGCCAACAUUUGGCUGCUCUGUCCAAAUUGUAUUUUUUUUAUUUUGGAAGUGAAAAUAAGCGAGCACAACAGCUAGCACUAACUAUGACUAGCAAUAUCUUCCUGCAAAUGUUCAUGCUGUGAUACUUUAUACUUAUAAACCAAAUAAAAAGGAAUUUACAGCUAGGAAUGCUUCCAAGUUGAUCAAAUAGGCAAGUCCAAGCAACUUUGUCAUUGCAUAGUGCAGGUAAAUAGCAAUGAAAUGCCGUUUAGUAUGUACCAGAAGUGCAAAUAGAAAAAUGUGCGAAGGAACAAGUUCAAUUCAAUUUAAUUCAAGUUUAUUUGUAUAGCGCUUUUUACAAUGGACAUUGUCUCAAAGCAGCUGUACAGAACAUAAACAUAGAACAAAAGG